GGCGGCGGCGGCGGCCAGGUGCCCGGAGGUGCGGCGCGAGCCGCCGCUCUGUGGCGUGCGUGGCUUCGGCUGGAGCGAGCCGGACGCCAGCUCGGCGUCUAUCUAUGGCCGGGCUGCGGGAGGGCCCGAGUGAAGCGCGGCGGCCUCGCCUCCCCGUCCGUCGCCGCCUCUCUCCGGGGCCAGGUGAGCCGAGCGGUUAGCGGGGCGAGCGCUUCCGGGAGGAGCCUGCGGGGAGGCUCGCCGGGCCUCCGCCGCCCCUGCUGGGCUUGGGAAGUGCGCUUCUCCCCGCCGAGGGCGUUCGUGUCUCCGUCGGGGUCCGCCCCUGACCCCCAGCUUGGAGGAUGCUGGAGUCGUACGUCACCCCGAUCCUCAUGAGCUACGUGAAUCGCUACAUCAGGAACCUGAAGCCUUCGGAUCUGCAGCUCUCCCUGUGGGGCGGGGACGUGGUUCUCAGCAAACUCGAGCUGAGGUUAGAGGUGCUGGAGCAGGAACUGAAAUUGCCAUUCACUUUUUUAAGUGGCCAUAUUCAUGAACUGAGGAUUCAUGUACCAUGGACAAAACUGGGCUCCGAGCCUGUGGUAAUUACAAUCAAUACAAUGGAAUGCAUCUUGAAACUUAAAGAUGGAAUCCAGGACGACCAUGAAAGCUGUGGUUCCAGCUCUACCAACCGAAGCACUGCCGAGAACACAAAAUCAUCCACAAAGCCCCGGAGAAUUCAGCAGGCCGCUCCUGCAGACCCUGACUUGCCACCAGGAUACGUGCAGAGUCUGAUUAGACGCGUUGUAAACAAUGUAAACAUUGUUAUAAAUAAUCUCAUAUUAAAAUACGUUGAAGACGACAUUGUCCUUUCUGUCAACAUCACUUCUGCUGAGUGCUAUACUGUGGAUGAGCUGUGGGAUCGUGCGUUCAUGGAUAUUUCUGCAACUGAUCUGGUGCUGAGGAAAGCCAUCAACUUUUCUGACUGUACAGUUUGUCUUGAUAAAAGGAACGCUAGUGGGAAAAUCGAGUUUUACCAGGACCCGCUACUAUACAAGUGCUCUUUCAGAACUCGCCUCCAUUUUACGUAUGACAACCUGAACUCCAAGAUGCCAUCUAUCAUUAAAAUUCACACUUUAGUAGAGAGUUUGAAACUUUCUAUCACAGACCAGCAGCUGCCCAUGUUUAUCCGAAUAAUGCAGCUUGGCAUUGCUCUCUACUAUGGGGAAAUAGGCAAUCUGAAGGAUGGUGACACCGAGGACCCUGCCUGUCACAGUAAGGAUGCCUUAGCAAACAUUGCAGGUGCUGAAGAUGAGGCGAGGAUAGACAUGCAGUACCCUGCUCAGCACAAAGGCCAAGAGCUGUACUCCCAGGGCUGUGAGGAACCGCAGGGAUGGGUGUCCUGGGCCUGGUCGUUUGUCCCUGCAAUUGUGAGUUACGAUGAUGGAGAGGAAGAUUACCUUGGGAAUGACCCUGCCUCAACCAUGCACCCACAGAAAGUGCCCGCCCUGAAGGAUCCCAUUGUUUCUGUAGGGUUUUACUGCACAAAGGCAACCGUGACUUUUAAGCUCACUGAAAUGCAACCUGAAAGUAGCUAUUACAGCCCACAGAAAGUAAAAUCUAAGGAAGUUUUGUGUUGGGAACAAGAAGGAACUACAAUUGAGGCCCUUAUGAUGGGAGAGCCUUUCUUCGACUGUCAGAUUGGAUUUGUAGGCUGCAGAGCCAUGUGUCUUAAAGGAAUUAUGGGUGUGAGAGAUUUUGAAGAGCAUACGAACAGAAGUGAGACUGAAGCCUGCUUCUUCAUUUGUGGUGAAAAUUUGAGUACAAAAGGUUUGACAUACCUUACAAAUUCACUGUUUGAUUACCGAAGCCCAGAAAACAAUGGCACCCGGGCAGAGUUUAUCUUGGAUGCAGCUCACCACAAGGAGACAUACACUGAAAUGGCUGGCAUGCAAAGGUUUGGUGCCUUUUACAUGGAUUACCUGUACACGAUGGAGCGCAGCCCUGGCAAAGGUCCAGCCAGUCAGCAAGACUUUCCUUCAGGGAAAAAUGAGGAUUUGGGAAUAGCCCAAGAAAAGUCUACCAAAAGCCUUGUGGUAGGUCCUCUGGAUUUGCGACUGGACAGUAGUGCGGUGCAUCGGAUUUUGAAGAUGGUUGUCUGUGCUUUGGAACAUGAAUAUGAACCAUACAGCAGGCUAAAACCAGAGAGUAAGGAUGAGAGGGAAGCAAUGCCGAGCCUCGAGGAACUGGCUUCUUUGGAGGAGUACAUUCCUACCCGGCACACGAGUGUCACUCUGCUCAGAUGUACCUGCACCGUCUUCAUGGCGGAGUUCAAUCUGCUGGACCGCCUGCUGCCUGUCAUCAUGGGAGGAAAGAACUCAAGUAACUUCACGAAUGCCGCAAACUUCCAGUCACUUCGACCUUUGCCGUGCAUCCAGAUACUGGUGGAUAAGAUUAAUCUGGAGCACUCUGUGCCGAUGUACGCCGAGCGGCUGGUGCAUGUGGCCAGCAGCCUCUCCCAGCCCUCUGAUAGCCUGCUCCAUCACUGCUAUGUCCACUGCUACCUUAAGGUGUUCGGUUUCCAGGCAGGGCUGACAUCUUUGAGUCACGGUGGGUCUUACUGCUCGCCUGUACCAAUUAUUCCCUCUUUCAGCACGGCCCUGUAUGGGAAACUUCUGAAACUCCCCGCUCUCUGGACCAAAAGAUCUCAGACCGUUGUAACUGAAGGCAUCUUUGAACUCCCAAACCUCACAAUUCAAGCCACAAGAGCACAGACAGUUUUGCUGCAAGCAAUAUAUCAGAGUUGGUCUCAUAUUGGAAAUGCCGCCUCUUCGACAGUGAAUGAAACUUUGAUGAGCGAAGCCUUCCAAACUCAAGGUGUGAAAUCUAAGAAUCCCCUGCCAACUCUUGAGGGCUCAAUCCAGAAUGUUGAGCUGAAGUACUGCAGUACAUCAUUGGUCAGAUGUGCCUCUGGGACCGUGGGAUCAAUAAAAGUUUGUGCCAAAGCCCCAGGUGACAGUGGAAAAGAAAAGUUGAUUCCCUUGCUCCAGGGUCCUUCUGACACCAGAGACCUCCAUAGCACAAGGUGGCUUAAUGAAAGCAGAAAGCCUGAGUCGCUCUUAGCGCCCGAUUUGGUGGCCUUUACCGUCCAGGCUCCACAGUCGAUGGACGACUGCCACCACUCUGGGGCUGUAUUUCUUUGUAGUGUACAAGGACUAGCAGUUAGCAUUGAUCCAGUGUUGUACACGUGGCUCACCUAUCAACCACAAAGACGAACAAGUAGACACGUGCAACAGCCCGUGGUGGCAGUCCCCCUCGUUCCCUCGGUUAGCAGAAGGAAAGAUGAGGAGCUCUCAGCUGGAAGUGCCCCGUUGGCAAAGCAGCAGUCAUACCAAGCCUCAGAGUACGCCAGCAGCCCUAUAAAGACAAAAACAGUCACAGAGUCCCGACCGCUGUCCGUUCCUGUGAAGGCCAUGCUACACAUCCAUGAAGGCAGUAGACAUCCCGAAGAAAGAAUGAAAGAAUUUAUCGGAAUAUUAUGGAAUGCAGUGAAGAGUCUUACACUACAGCUUGAUGUACAGUCCUGCUGUGUGUUCAUCCCAAAUGACAGCCUGCCUUCUCCAAGCACAAUCGUAUCUGGUGACAUCCCUGGGACAGUAAGAAGUUGGUACCAUGGACAAACCAGCACACCAGGGACACUCGUGCUCUGUUUGCCGCAAAUAAAGAUCAUCAGUGCUGGACACAAGUGUCUGGAGCCUCUGCAGGAGAUUCCCUUUGUCAUCCCGCGGCCCAUCCUUGAAGAGGGCGAUGCAUUUCCUUGGACCAUAAGCUUGCAUCAUUUCAGCAUAUAUACCCUUCUUGGGAAGCAAGUGACACUUUCCCUAGUGGAGCCUAUGGGAUGCACCUCUACUCUGGCGGUCACCUCUCAAAAGCUGCUUCCUCCAGGACCAGAUGGAAGGCAUUCAUUUGUUGUCUGUCUCCAUGUUGACUUGGAGUCAUUGGAGAUAAAAUGCUCUAAUCCCCAGGUCCAGCUGUUGUAUGAGUUGGCUGAUACGAUGAGUAAAGUCUGGAAUAGGAUUCAGAAGAGAGGCACCCUUAGUUCAUCCUCAGUGUAUCCAGAGACCAUGGCAGGCCCGGUCCCCGGUUCCCCAGUUCGGAGCAGCGUUGGCACGGCUCUCCCAGACACCAGCACGUGCAGCCCGUCUGCUGACGUCGUAACUACCACCGAGGGGGACUCUGUUCAAGCGGGCGACGACUCACCGUUCUCGGACUCUGUUACCCUGGAGCAGACCACCAGCAACAUUGGGGGGUGCAGUGGUCGCGUCAGUCUGUGGAUGCAGUGGGUGCUCCCCAAACUCACCGUGAAGCUCUUUGCUGCAGAUGUGGGGAACCAAGGCACAGAGGUUUGUAUGGUCAGUGAGCUGGAAGACCUCAGUGCGUCCAUCGACGUGCAGGACGUGUACACCAAAGUGAAGUGUAAGGUAGAGAGCUUCAAUGUUGACCACUACCAGAGCAGCCAUGGGGAAGAGUGUUGGUCUUUGGGGCAAUGUGGAGGUGUCUUCCUUUCCUGUACUGACAAGCUGAACAGACGCACCUUGCUGGUCCGACCCGUCAGCAAGCAGGACCCUUUCCGUAACUGUUCUGCCUUCUUCCCUUCUACAACUACGAAACUACUUGAUGGUUCUCAUCAACAGCAUGGUUUUCUCUCUCUGACAUACACAAAAGCCGUGACAAAAAACGUCCGCCACAAGCUAACCUCGCGAAACGAGAGAAGGAGCGUUCACAAGUUGUCGGAGGGCUUCGUGGAUGGCUCGCCUCACUUUCUCCACGAGAUCCUCCUUUCUGCACAAGCGUUUGACGUCGUGCUUUGUUUCCCUUUACUCAAUGCCAUUGCAAGCAUAUUCCAAACUAAACUACCCAGGACCCAAAAAGAGAAGAGGAAGUCUACCGGCCAGCCCAUGCGGACCCACACGCUGACAUCCCGCAACUUACCUUUGAUUUAUAUCAAUACAAGUGUGAUCAGAAUUUUUGUUCCCCAAACCAAAGAAACACAGUCAACUGUCGAAGUGAACCAGGCAGCAAAGGAGGACACGAUGGUUUUGAAGGUCGGUUCUGUUGCCAUGGCUCCUCAGGCUGAUAACCCGCUUAGCAGAUCUGUCCUCAGGAAAGACAUUUACCAGAGAGCCUUGAACUUAGGGAUUCUUCGAGAUCCGGGAUCAGAAAUCGAGGACAGACAGUACCAGAUAGACCUGCAGUCCAUCAACAUCGGCACUGCCCAGUGGGACCAACUGAAACCGGAGAAAGGGAGCAGCUCGGGAGGAGUGCUAACGGAGAGCGAAAGGAACUCCCAGAACCCAGCCCUGGAGUGGAACAUGGCCAGCAGCAUGCGGCGGCAUCAAGAAAGGAGAGCAAUGCUAACCCCCAUCCUGACAGACUUUUCUGUCCGCAUCACUGGAGCACCUGCCAUCAUUUCCACCAAAAUGAUCUCCCCGGAGAGUUUGCAUGUGGAGGAGAUUUUAGUGUGUGGCCAUUCCUUGGAAGUGAACAUAACCACAAACCUGGACUUCUUCCUAAGUGUGGCUCAAGUUCAACUCUUACAUCAGUUAAUAGUAGCAAACAUGACGGGAUUGGAGCCAUCAAACAAGGCCACAGAGGUCUCUAAGCAAGAACAGAAGAAAACGGAUGCAUUUGAUGGAGGCACAGCUGAAACCUCCUCCCGAUACAGCGGUGCUCAGGACAGUGGCAUCGGCAGUGACAGCGUCAACAUCCGAAUUGUGCAGAUCGAGCCUCGCAGCGGUGCCAGUCAGCACCGCAUCGCCCGCCCCUCGCACCAGUCGUCAAUCGUGAAAAAUCUCAACUUCAUUCCUUUCGACAUAUUUAUCACUGCAAGCAGGAUCUCGCUGAUGACCUACUCCUCUCUGGCUGUACCAAAGUUCAAUCUACCGGAAGAGAAGGAAGACGGGAAAACAGGCCGGAACCCCUUAAGCCUCCCAGAGGUCGAUUCCGAUGUAGCGAAGCCUGCCCAGGCCUGCAUCUCCAUGGUGACCGCCGAAGAUCUCUUCAGCAGUUCUUUUCCUUCAGGGAAGAAACCAAGGGUUCUCUCCCUUGAAAGCCUCCACGCAGCCACGCGGUCAUGUGCCAGACAAGCCCUCGGCGUCACUGUCGUUCGGCAGCCUGGCCGGAGGGGAACCGGCGACUUAGAGCUCCACCCGUUUCUGUACCUAGUUGUAUCCCAGCCUUCCCUGAUUCUGAGUUGUCAUCACCGGAAACAGAGAGCGGAAGUGUCCGUCUUCGAUGCUGUGCUGAAAGGUGUAGCCCCUGACUACAAAUGCACAGAUCCUGGGAAGACUCUGCCGGAAGCCCUUGACUAUAACACUGUGUGGUUGCAGACGGUGCCUGGAGAAACAGACUGCAAAAGCGGGAUCCCUGCUUCGCUUCUUACGCUACAGAUUAAGGACUUCCUUAAUGGGCCAGCUGACAUCACCUUGGAUGUAUCAAAGCCUUUGAAAGCAAACUUGAGUUUUACCAGACUGGAUCAGAUAAAUCACUUUGUAAAGAAGAUAAAAAAGGCACAUGGCUUUGCAAAUAGCAAAGAGCCCUCCGCCCCGGCAGAGACCGUCCUGAGUCAGGAUGAGCCUCCCACCUCCAAAGGUCACCAUGGAAGGCCCUCUAAGCCCAGAGUCCACUCUGAUGAAGUGCAGAGGACGUCCCUUCAAGAAAACAUGUGGAGAGCCAUUUCCUGCUUGCAGAAGGUGUCUGUGCAUACCACCCAGAUUGUGGUCUCCAUGGAAACUGUCCCACAUCCUCAUAAGCCAUGUGUGUUAGCAUCACUGUCAAACCUCGAUGGAACCCUUAGUGUCAAAGCAGCGCAAAAAGUGCCUGGCAUAAGCCUUGGAUCGUCACUCCUCCUCAGCAUAAGCGAUUUCCUCCUUAAAACAAGCCUCAAAGAAAGAAGCCGGACUCUGAUAGGACCAUUCUCUGCUACGGUCAACCUGGAAACUAAAUGGUGUAAACACAGUGGCAAUCCAGGCCCACAGCAGUCCAUCCCAAAAAUAGCCAUGGAUUUAAGAGGUGGUCUGCUACAGGUCUUCUGGGGUCAAGAGCAUUUGAAUUGCUUGACCCUUCUGCAUGAAUUAUUCAGUGGCUAUCUUGAGGAGGAGGGAAAGGUUGACGUGCCCGCUCCCGAAUCAGCACCCCAAGUGCCGUCUCCUGUGGAUAAGACUCAGCAAAGUUCGGAUGACCUGCGGACAGGCGUCUUUCAGUACAUACAGGAUGCUGAACCUCUGAAACUCCCUGGUACCUAUGAAGUCUUGUUUUAUAAUGAAACAGAAGAGAGCCCCGGGAUGAUGCUGUGGCGAUACCCAGAGCCUCGAGUGCUCGUCCUUGUACGAAUAACUCCCGUGCCUUUCAACACCACGGAGGACCCAGAUAUCAGCACAGCAGACCUGGGGGAUGCACUGCAGGUCCCUUGUAGUUUGGAGUACUGGGAUGAACUCCAGAAGGUUUUUGUUGCCUUUCGAGAAUUCAGCCUGUCCGAAAGCAAAGUCUGUGACCUGCAGUUGCCAGACAUCAGUCUUGUGAGUGACCAGAAGAAGCUGGUGUCGUCAGACCUGUGGAGAAUCGUCCUGAACAGCAGUCAGAGUGCAACAGACGACCAGAGCUCUGCCAGUGAAUCUGGCUCUCAAAGUACCUGCGAGCCACUGGUGACCCCAACAGCCCUGGCCGCUUGCACCAGAGUCGACUCGUGUUUCACCCCCUGGUUUGUCCCGUCUCUUUGCAUGUCCUUCCAGUUCGCUCACCUGGAGUUGCGUCUUUGUCACCAUCUGGACCAGCUUGGCACAGCUCCACCACAGCACCUACAGCCCUUCAUUUCCGAUAAAAGCGUGCCGUCUGAACUAGAGUACAUGGUCAUUUCCUUCAAGGAACCAAACCUGUAUCUUCGCCAGUGGAACAGUGACUCCGUCUGCCAGGAGAUCCAGUUCUCAUCUCAGGUGGACUGCAAACUUCUGGAGUGCAGAAAUGUCACAAUGCAAAGUGUGGUGAAGCCCUUCGGCAUCUCUGGGCAGAUGGCACUCUCCAGCGACGGAGAGCACAGGCUGCUGGACGGCACCGUGAUCGUGGACUCUGUGCUCGUCAGCUUUGGACAGCAUGCGGUCCAUUCCCUAAACACUGCGAUUCAAGCUUGGCAGCAGAACAAAUACCCUGAGGCGGAGGAGUUGGUCUUCAGCCACUUUGUGAUCUGCAACGACACACAGGAGACCCUGCGGUUUGGCCAGGUGGACACCGAUGAAAAUAUUCUGCUGGCGAGCCUCCACAGCCACCAGUACAGCUGGCGCUCCCACAAAUCCCCACAGCUGCUACACAUCUGUAUCGAAGGCUGGGGCAACUGGCGUUGGUCGGAGCCCUUCAGUGUGGACCAUGCGGGGACGUUUAUUAGAACAAUCCAGUACAAGGGUCGAACAGCUUCCCUCAUCAUCAAGGCCCGGCCACUCAGCGGAGUGCAGAAACAGAUUAUCAUCUGUGGAAGACAGAUCAUCUGUAGUUACUUGUCCCAGAGCAUAGAACUGAAAGUUGUUCAGCAUUACGUUGGCCAAGAUGGACAAGCUGUAGUCCGAGAACACUUUGACUGCCUCACAGCCAAAGAGAAACUGCCUUCAUACAUUCUAGAAAACAGUGAGCUGACAGAGCUGUGCGUGAAGGCCAAAGGAGACGAACACUGGUCGCGAGACGUGUGCCUGGAACCCAAAGCCUCUGAGUAUAGCACUGUCAUCCAGGUGCCCGCUUCAAACAGUUCCAUUAUUUAUGUGUGGUGCACAGUUCUGACUUUGGAACCCAACUCUCAAGUUCAACAGCGAAUGAUCGUGUUCAGCCCUCUUUUUAUCAUGAGGAGUCAUCUCCCAGACCCCAUCAUCAUACACUUGGAGAAAAGAAGUCUGGGUCUGAGGGAAACACAGAUUAUUCCAGGAAAAGGGCAGGAAAAUCCACUGCAGAACGCAGAGCCAGACCUUGUGCAUCACCUGACAUUUCAAGCACGGGAAGAGCAUGGCCCCUCAGACUGUGCCGUCCCCAUAUCAACGGCCCUCAUCAAGCAGAUAGCCACUAAGACGCAACCUGGAGGCACAGUUAGUGAGAUGCUGGAUGAGUUCUAUGGACCAGAAAAGUCCCAGGAACCUAUCUGGCCCUACAGCAAGAAGGAUUGUGACAGGAGUGAGCAGCUGAGCCAGUGGGACAGCCCCAUGCGAGUGAAGCUGUCCCUCUGGAAACCGCAUGUCAAGACCCUGUUGGUGGAGCUGCUGCCGUGGGCCCUGCUCAUCAGUCGGUCCAGGUGGGACCUCUGGCUGUUCGAAGGGGAGAAGAUUGUUCUUCAGGUCCCCGCUGGCAAAGUCAUCAUUCCUCCGAAUUUUCAGGAAGCUUUUCAAAUAGGAAUGUACUGGGCACACACGAACACGGUGCACAAGUCGGCAGCAAUUAAGCUGGUCCAUGACGUGACGUCUCCUAAGUGGAAGGACGGUGGGGACGGUGAGGUCGUGACGCUGGGUGAGGAAGCCCUGGUCGAUGCUGAGAUCAGACUCGGUGCCUUCCCAGGGCAUCAGAAGCUGUGUCAGUUCUGCGUCUCCUCCAUGGUGCAGCAUGGCAUACAAGUUAUUCAGAUUGAAGAUAAGACUACCAUAAUCAAUAAUACCCCAUACCAGAUAUUCUAUAAGCCGCAGCUGUCUGUCGCCAGCCCCUGUUCUGGAAAGGAGCAUUUCCGUGUCCCAGACAGUGCCACGUUCAGCAUUUGCCCAGGCGGAGAACACCCUGCUCUGAAAUCCAGCUCCCUGCCUUGCUGGGACUUCUUGCCCGAUGUGGGGCCGUCCAUGGACACAGCCGUGCUUCAGAAACAGAUGCUGCUGGGCUUCUCUCCUGCGCCAGGUGCUGAUGGCUCUCAGUGCUGGAGCCUGCCAGCCCUCAUUAGACGAGAGCUUCCCAGGCAGAGCGUGGCGGUGCCCUGUGGGACCCUGAGGGAACAUGGACUCUGCACCAGGGCAAUAGCACUGACGUAUCAGGAGCACUUUGGAGUCACGUAUUUAACCCUCUCAGAAGACCCGAGCCCUCGAGUAAUUUUCCACAACAGAUGCCCAGUAGCGAUGCUCGUGAAGGAGAAUAUGAGAGAUGUUCCAAAGUUUGAGGUUUAUUGCAAAAGGAUCCCUCCUGAGAGUUCAGUCCAUUACGAGCUAUACCACCAGAUUAUGGGUUACCCAGACUGCAAGACGAGAGACUUGCUUCCCAGCCUCCUUCUGAGGACAGAGUCCACAGGAGAGAUGGCAGCGGAGUGGAGCGACGCCGUGGACACCAACAGUCAAGGGACACAGGUCGUGUUCCUCACUGGCUUCGGAUAUGUGUACGUGGACAUUGCCCAUCAGUGCGGCACGGUCAUCAUCACCAUAGCCCCAGAAGGAAAGGCAGGACCCAUUUUAUCCGGCACCCACAGAGCCCUGGAGAAGAUGGUUAGUUUUAAGAUGUUCCUCACCCGCUUGAGCCUGGCCGUGUCUGAUGACCUCACACACCACCAGACCUCGUCAGAGCUUCUAAGGCUCACGGUGGACAACAUUUUUCUGCACGUGUGUCCUGUGCCUGGGGUCCUCCCGGGGGAAGAGCCUCCCUCCGCCCUCCUCCAGCUCUUGUGUGUGGAAGUCUGCCUUGGGGACCUGCAGCUGGACAACCAGCUUUAUAGCAAGUCCAGCUUCCACUUCCCUGUCCUGGUGUGCCAGGGAGAGAGACCAGAGCCUGCGCGCUACUCCAGAGUGCAGAGUCUCCUGACCUCCGACAAGGACUUGGAGGAAUACAAGCAGAACUGCUUCAUCAGGCUCUGCCUCACCGGGUCUGAGGGGACGGACUUCCUCUUUGAUGUCAGCGAGUUCUCUUUUGAGCUGAAACCAGCACGGCUCUACGUGGAGGACACCUUUGUGUACUACAUCAAAACCUUGUUCGACACCUACCUUCCUCACAGCAGGGUGGCUGGUCACCCUGCACAGCUCUCUGCGGCGAGGCAGCUGCUGCCCGCGCAGGUGAGGCAGCACGCCAGGGCCUUGGUGAACCCGGUGAAGUUACGGAAGCUGGUCAUUCAGCCAGUGAGCCUGCUCGUCAGCAUCCACGCGUCUCUCAAGCUGUACAUUGCCUCCGACCACACCCCUCUCUCCUUCUCCGUGUUUGAAAGAGGACCCGUGUUCACAACGGCGAGGCAGCUGGUACACGCGCUGGCCAUGCACUAUGCUGCCGGGGCUCUUUUCCGAGCAGGCUGGGUCGUGGGGUCCCUAGAGAUCCUCGGCAGCCCCGCCAGCCUAGUGAGAAGCAUUGGAAAUGGGAUCUCCGACUUCUUCAGGCUUCCCUACGAGGGGCUGACGCGAGGCCCCGGGGCCUUCGUGAGUGGAGUCUCCAGAGGGACCACAUCAUUCGUCAAGCACAUUUCCAAAGGUACCUUGACGUCCAUCACCAACCUGGCCACCAGCCUGGCCAGGAACAUGGACAGGCUCUCGCUGGAUGAGGAGCACUGCAGCCGACAAGAGGAGUGGCGGCGACAGCUCCCCGAGAGCCUGGGCGAGGGGCUGCGACAAGGCCUGUCUAGGCUGGGCAUCAGCCUGCUCGGUGCAAUUGCUGGCAUAGUUGAUCAGCCAAUGCAGAACUUCCAGAAGACAUCCGAGACCCAGGCUUCGGCAGGACACAGGGCCAAGGGCGUCAUUUCAGGCGUGGGGAAAGGAAUCAUGGGGGUGUUCACCAAACCCAUUGGGGGAGCUGCAGAACUCGUGUCACAGACUGGCUAUGGUAUUUUACAUGGAGCCGGGCUUUCCCAGCUUCCCAAACAACGGUACCAACCAAGAGAUCUACAUGCUGACCAAGCUCCAAACAGCCAUGUCAAAUACGUCUGGAAGAUGCUCCAGUCUCUGGGUAGACCAGAAGUCCACAUGGCCCUAGAUGUGGUUCUGGUGAGAGGCUCGGGCCAGGGGCAUGAGGGGUGCCUGCUGCUGACCUCAGAAGUGCUGUUUGUCGUGAGCAUCAGCGAGGACACACAGCAACAGGCCUUCCCCAUCACAGAGAUCGACUGCGCACAGGACACCAAGCAAAACAACCUGCUCACCGUGCAGCUCAAGCAACCCAGAGUAGCCUGUGACGUGGAGGUGGAUGGGGCCCGGGAGAGACUGUCGGAGCAACAGUUUAACAGGCUCGUGGACUACAUUGCGAAAACAUCUUGUCACCUGGCCCCAAGCUGUAAUUCCCUGCAAACAGCAUGUUCUGUGGUGGCUGUGGAGCCUCCCCCUGCCACUGUUAAGACCUACCAUUACCUAGUUGACCCACACUGUGCUCAGGUCUUCAUCAGUAAAUUUACCAUGGUAAAGAAUAAAGCGCUGAGGAAAGGGUUCCCCUGAGUCCCCUGCAGAGUAGGCGUUUCAUUUCUGCUGAGCAACAGCGUUCCAACAUUCAACACGGACACAAGGCCAACACACCUCCCCAAACAAAAAGAUACUUACUGUAUACCUCCUCCAAGUGACCAAAAAAAAAAAAAAUCAUCAUCCAAGUGGGGGAGGAACACAUAAUCGCCAGAAUUCUACAUAUGCUGUGUUCUUACCAUACAUAGAAAAUUAUUUUUUGGCUCUGCCAUAUAAAAUGUGGACAGGCCCUAGCACACAGACCCAGAAAUAAAACACUACCACCCUUGUAAUACUCAGACCUUUGUUGUUUGGCUUGUUUAAUUUUUCACUUAACUACAAUACCAUUCUUUUAGUAAAAAACAGUGUCUACUCCCUCAGUCUGCACUCUACUGGUUUAUAAAACAGACUUUUAACUGCUCAGGUAUAUUUUGGAAAGCUUAUUUUUUACCAAGCUAAAAUGUAACACUUUGUGUAAACCAACAAUAACAGAACAUAAUGCUUUUAAGUUUGUUUCCUUCUAGAACUCCAUAGGAUAUGGGGGUGAGUUAAGAACCCACCUCUGCUGAGCUGUGGUGGUAUACACAGCUCAGCACUCAGGAGGCAGAGGCAGGCAGAUCUCUGAGUUCGAGUCCUGCCUGGUCUACAGAGUGAGUUCCAGGACAGCCAGGGCUGCACAGAGAAAGCCUGCCUCCAACAUUAAGGCUAACAAUGCCAUCAGUCAAGGUAGUCCUCUAUGACAUGAACUGGCUUGAUGAAGCAUUAACUCUCAGAAAGGCUUUGAAAACCCUGGAGUCACCAGCUGUCUCACAAUGUUCUGUGACUCCUCUUGAUCUCAUGCCAGGCCUGCAACUUGUUCCCUUCAACUGAAAAGCGACAGUUAAGUAAGACAGUGCGAUUUCAAAGGCGACUGACCUUAAACUCUCAAGGCUGCUGGGCACACAUCCCCACUACGUCACUACUGCUGGAAAACAAGUCACCGGCGGACAAUCCAAGCCAACUAUGAAACCAUCUCUGCAAUUAGUCUGUUACUCAUUUAGGAAAGCAACAAUUUUGUCAACCUCAAGAAUAAUUAUUUUUAAGAAUGUAAAUAUGUACUGAUAGUAUGACUUAUGGUAAUUUUACACAUUGCAAGGAAUUAUAUAAUAAAAGGUAUUCCUGAA